AUGGCUGAAGAGAUAUCCUUAUCUAUCGCGGAGACGAACAAGCUUCGUGCUCAGCUUGGAUUGAAGCUAUUACCUGAAACGGAACCAGAACCCCAAAUACAACAAGAAGUACAACCAAAAGUUCAAUCGGUUGUUCAAUCAUCUACAGAACUUUCCAUUGAAGAAACAAAUAGAUUAAGGUUAUCCUUAGGAUUGAAACCAAUUACUGUAGAGAAACCAGUUAAUCAAACCCCACAAACUGAAGUUUCCAAGCCAAAAGAAGAAACUAAGGUUGAUGGAACAUCAUCUAAUGAUAGAAUACGGCAACGUAUACAAGAUGCAAAGACGAAAGCUACGAAGAGAAGGAAAAUAAUUGAUUUGGAGAAUUCAUUACAAGAUGAUUCAGAAUCCACUGAUGACUGGCUAAACAAGUUGGGAUCUAAAAAGAAGACUGAUGGUAAAGUGCGACGUAAAGUUGAACCAUCUCAUCAAGAAAAUGAAUUGGAAGAACUUUCCAUAGGACAUAAUGUAAAUGAACUUUCCAAACUUUCUAAUGAUGAUAUAUUAACCUUUGAUGACUCAAAUAUUCUAGCUGAUGAUGAUAAUGGGAAACUUACAAAUGAAAAACUUUCCAAAGAGUCUAGAUUAAAACAAGAAUUAAAGAAUAAAACAAAAAUUGAAAAUAUGAAGCAUUUUGGAAGACAUUAUAAAAUUGAAGACGAAGUAGAAGAAGAUCAAGAUGUCCAAGAUUUGAACACAGACCUGGUUGUGCUAGGUAUUGGUGGAACUGUUAGUUUAGCCAAGAAUAAAGUGGAACCGAUUGCAAAUGAUACUGAUAAAGUACGUUCUAAAAGUCUUGCCAUUCUGGAUUUAUUUGGUGAGGAUGAUGAAUUGAAUACUACUGAUAUUGUUCCAUCUAAACCUAAAUCGACUAAAAUGAAAAAGUUGAAGAAGAAAACUGGGAAUUCUAGAACGAAAUCAGUAGAUGUAAUUCCCAAUGGACAAAUGGAGGCUGUGAAUCUUGAAAUGGAUGGAGUUGAUACUUUUGAGGAUGAUUCAGAAUUACAAGCCAUUUUGCAACUGAAGAGGAAGAUCAAACAAAGAGAAUCUCGUAGAAAUAUUUCACCUGAUCAAGUAGCCAAGGAAAUUUCCAUGUUUCAAAGAUUGGAAGAGGAGAGUAAAAUUGAUAGAGAUGCAAGGUUGGCGUCAGCAGAAGAAGGAAGUGUAGUUUUUGAUGAUACGACGGAUUUUUUGAGCUCAUUAUCGGCACCAAUAUUAAAAGAACCAACAGUACCAGUGGAACUAGAACAAAUCAAAGAAGAUGUUACAGAAAAACAAGAGGCAUUAGAUUCUGUUACUUCUAAUGACAAAAAAUCAGAAGAGAUUGAUUUAGAAAAAAAAGUGGAACCAAUAUUGGAACAACCUAGUGAAGUAUUCAACAAGGGGCUUGCAUCCACCUUAAAAUUCUUACAAUCACAACUGAUUAUCCUGAAACCUACCACAGAAAGUCUGUUAAGAGCUAGAGAAUAUAGAGAAGCGCAACGAGAGGCAGAACUCUUGAAGUUAAAAAUAUCCAUUGAAGAAAGAUUACUUCGAGAAGAAUUGGCAUCAGAUAAACAAUAUAUGAAUACACCCAAGGUAGAAAGAGAAGAAUUAUUUGGACAAUACCUUGAUCAAAGAUUAAAGGAAAAGCAAAUUAUCCAACCUAAUACCCAUUCAAGAGUGAAUAACAAAGAUAAGAACAAACUCAAAAGUUAUAACCCGGACGUCAAGCUUACUUAUAGAGAUGAUCAAGGUAAUGUACUUAAUACCAAAGAAGCAUACAAAGUACUUUCGCAUAAAUUUCACGGUGUUAUGCCAAGUGCUGCACAAGCCAGCAAAAAGGCAAAAAAACUUGAAAGUAAUAAAUCACAAACAGGACGUGAAUUUAUACCUUAA